AUGUUGGCACCGAAAGACGAAAGUGGUGGUGCUCCAAACCUCUUCUUUUUUGGCUUGCCCGGUGUGGGAAAGACGCACUGUGGAGAAGUCCUGCAUCACGAUUUUGGAUACGACUUUCAUGAUGGUGAUAGCUGGUUGCCGGAAGAUCUGAAGGAGUCUCUUGCGAAUGGGCAUGGAUUCACGGAUGAGCAGCGGGAUCGAUUUGCAGAAGAAAUCGCGCGCUGCAUUUUCCAAGUUAAGGCCGCCGAAGUCGAGCUAGCUGCGAAAGAAGGCCGCCUUCGCAGACCGAUUGCGAUUGCACAGGCAACAUUUAAGCGACGGCACAGAGAUCUUAUACGUCGAGCUCAUCCAGACCUGGUUUUCGUUUGGGUUCAGGCAGCCGAGAACGCGCGGAUGCGUCGUCUACGCGAAAGGGACAACAUCGUUGACACAGCCCUGGGCAGCCGCAUGGCACGUGAUUUCGAGCCUCCAGAGCAAGAAAAGCAUGUUGUUCUGCUAAAUGAUUUGGAUGACGAGCCGGUGGAGGAUGCAUUUCGAAAUAUGCUGGACCAAGCCAUGAGGACGAGAAAGAUCGCAGUUGCCGGUUAA